GUCAACAGAACCAAGCGUACUGGUAGGAGAUUUCUAUGCGAUUAGGGAUAAAUUACCUGAAACUAGCGAAUCUUUGGUGCUCUACUCAUACUCAAGCCGUUUCUUCCACCGAAAUCGUAUACAUCAGUCAAUCAGAACAUUUUGUAGGUGUCAUAAUGGUUAAUACAAGGAGUAUGACUAGAAACCAGAAUUACCAUGCAUCUAGCCGGAAGAGGAUCAGGGGUAGGGUACCCUCACCCUGGUCAGAUCUUAACCAUGAUUUGCUUUAUUUAAUUAUGAUGCGACUCGGAGUUGUUGAAUUUCUUUUAUUUAGUAGAGUUUGCAAGUCAUGGAGGUCACUUGCACUUUUUAACAGAAGCACGUUUAUGGCAUCCAAACCUCCAAUGCUAUUGUUUAUAUCUCCACGUGUUUAUAAGAAGGAUUGCUAUCUACAGGACUUUGAAGGAAGAAAGUUCAAAACCAUCAUUCCUAAGUUAGUUGGGAGGAAGUGUGUUGGAUUAACUUGUGGUUACUUGAUAUUAUUCGGCAAGAAAACCCGUGACUUUUGGCUUGUGAAUCCUAUCACAACGCAUGAACUUCAUUUCCCUAAUGCCCCUUUACAUGUAAGUGAUGGUGAAAAAAGAAAAUUCAGGGCUAUCCUUGUCUUUUCACCUUCAAUAAACCGGUGGGUGUUUGCCAUGUUACAUAAAUGGUACUAUAAAGUAUGGUUUUCUAUAGCAGGUAAAGGAGAAUGGAAUCAUGUUUCAUCCACUUCCCCCCUAGUUGACUUACAUGUUUUCAAGGGGAGGAUAUAUACCCUAAACUGGAGUUUUACAUCCGAAGGGAAACAUGUAAGUGAAAUGAGACUUGAUCCGGUGCCUACAUUAGUGCCUAAGUUAUAUUUUCUGCAUCAACUUAUAGCUUUUGAUUUUAUAACUUCGGAUGAAAACCUUUAUUUGAUGGAAUACAUGUCCAUGCAUACGUACAAGGUUCACAAACUAGAUUUUGACGAAAUGAAUUGUGUGCCUUGUGAAAAGUCAACACAAGAAUAUGCGUUUUUUAAUAGUAGUUUGAAGUUUAGUGCUGCUGUUAUUUCAGAGGCAUGGGCUGCCUCAUCCUCAUCGUAUUGCCAACAGAGAUUUGCACGUACUGAUAAACAUGGAAAAUACAAAGGCAGGUUGUAUAUUGCAAAAAGGUGGUACUUCCCCCAUGAGUGUUUGAAUAUAAAUCUCAUAGAUAACUAAUUGUAUGGACUUGUUAGCACUCUUAUUUUUUGCUUUUAUGUUUGAACAUUUUCAAAAAUACAUUUUUUGAU